UGCUCAUGGCCGCCCCUUUCUCUUCCAGCGGUGAAACAGAAGCAGAUCCGGCGGGGGGUGAAGGAAGUUCAGAAAUUCAUCAACAAGGGCGAGAAGGGGAUCAUCGUCCUUGCUGGAGACACGCUGCCCAUUGAAGUUUAUUGCCACAUCCCCGUCAUGUGUGAAGACAGGAGCCUUCCCUAUGCUUACAUCCCCUCCAAAUCGGAUCUAGGAACAGCUGGAGGCUCAAAGCGCCCCACCUGUGUGAUAAUGAUCAAGCCACAUGAGGAGUACCAGGAGGCAUAUGAUGAGUGUUGGGAGGAGGUGGUAUCCCUUCCUGUCCCCCUGUGAAGGACCAUGGAAGGCCUGCUGGAGCUUCUGGCUGGUUGGGCAUAUAUACUGGCCUCUGAGGACUUUACAAAACGAUACAUGAAAUGAGCUGCUCCUUCAGCUGCCUGCUGGGUCUCCGUGCAGGGAGCAUGCUGCAUGAACCCAUGGCUUCUCCCCAAACAACCUUGUUCUGAACAACAGUAGUGGUUUCUGGGAGGGGAGGGAGAUGGUGACAACGCUCUCUCCUUGUGGGGAAGGGGAGAGCAAGCUUCCUGGCCCAGGCAGCAUUCUUGUGAGGGAAGAGCCCGAGGAACGAGCAGCAAAACAGACCUGCUGUGUGGUGCAUGGAAUAAAUGGAUUUGUACAGUC